AUGGAUCCUCAUCAAGCACAGCGUCCUCACCUCUCCAUGACCAAUAACACCCCUCACCUCCCCGCCAUCCCGUCGCGGACGGCCAACAGCACCCCGGUGUCGUCCCCGGGGCUCUUCAGCCCGACGAACAUCCGCUCCAAUGUAUUCCCCCAUUUUGCCUCGGAUACCUCUACGCCAUCUGCUUCUAUGAAUAGCCCUUAUUUGCACCCCUUGCAAAGCCACAAAGUGAGAGAAACGCACAAGGCGCUUGUAGACCUCGACUUGAUGACAGGGCGGAAGUUGAUCAAUCAAUAUCAGGUCUUAGAAGAGCUCGGUCGUGGUGUACAUGGUAAAGUAAAGCUGGCAAAGAAUUUGGAGAACGGCGAAAAUGUUGCUAUUAAGAUUAUUCCGCGAUUCUCGAAAAAGAGACGUUUAGGAAAAGUUACCGCAUCUCCACAAGACAAAACCAAGCGAGAGAUUGCCAUUCUCAAGAAAAUCCGCCACCCAAAUGUUGUUGGGCUGCUCGAAAUUAUCGACGACCCUGAGCUGAAGAAGAUUUACGUCGUCUUGGAACAUGUUGAGCUUGGAGAGAUUGUCUGGCGCAAGAAAGGCGUCCCGUUUAUCUGUUUAUGGGAGAGGAGAAUGGUAGAAAAGGGGAUGAACGGCGAACUGACGACGACCGAUGAAGAGGAAAGCGAACGAUAUUACCAGCUUCUCGAGAAACGACAUGCAAUCAAUGAACUGAAGAGGGCCAAGAUGCAAGAGUCACAAAGAGGAGCUGGGGACUACUGGAGCAUAGAGUAUGGUGCUGCCAAUGAUGAUGAUUACGGUGAGGCUCAAGCAUUUUCACUCGGCAGAGAUGGGGACCUCACUGCCUUGCCGUCCACUGCAGUUCCAUCUGCGUCACACCCUGGGUCUAGAGACGCAUCCAUAACUCGCUGUUCGAGCCGAUCAGCCGUAUCUGGCACACGCUCCAACACUCCCUUGCCCUCUGAAUGCGACGUUUCGUCGAUUGACAUCAACGAUGAAAGCGAGCAAGAGACACCUGGCCCUUUGCGAUCGAAACCUGGAUCUUUGGUUGCUUUGGAAGGGACAAUGUAUGGUGCUUAUGUCGAAGAGCAGGUGUUCCGUGACAGGUCCCCAAGUAUGGCUGAUUCCAUCAUCUCCCACAUGUCGUCAAUUGACUUUGGCCCGCUACCUCGUGACUCGUUUUCGGACGAUUUCUCUUAUGUUCCAUGCUUUACCAUGGACGAAGCCCGUGCAACCUUUCGGGACACGGUCUUGGGUCUCGAGUAUCUUCAUUACGAGGGCGUGGUCCAUCGCGACAUCAAACCCGCAAAUCUGUUAUGGACCAAGGAUCAUAGAGUGAAGAUAUCGGAUUUUGGGGUAUCAUAUUUUGGCCGACCCAUUCGCGAAGGCGAGCCUGAUGAACUGGUUUCCGAAUCGGAGGCGAGAGAUUUUGAUGACGACCUAGAGCUCGCCAAAACUGUUGGCACACCUGCUUUCUUUGCUCCGGAGCUGUGCUAUACGGAAGUCGAUCACGAACAACCCAAGAUAUCGGAACAAAUAGACGUAUGGUCCCUAGGUGUAACCCUCUACUGUCUGAUAUUCGCCCGAAUACCAUUCAUGGCUGAGGAUGAGUUUCAAAUGUUUAAGAAGAUAGCUAAGGAAGAGGUAUAUAUCCCGCGUCGGCGCCUUCGCCCAGUUGAUCCUCAUCAUUCACCAUUAUCGACGUCCUUCCACAACAGGGUAAACAAUGGACCAUAUCGGGAUGACAACAGUUUAUCCUACGAAGAAAUCGACGAUGACUUACACGACCUCAUGCGUAAAAUGCUUAUCAAAAACCCCGAAAAACGCAUCAGGUUGAGAGACGUCAAACGCCAUCCUUGGGUGGUUGCCGAUAUUAACAUGCCUCCGAUUCAGUGGAUUGAUGAAACUGAUCCUUCACGUCGGUUCUCCGGUCGCAAGAUCGAAGUAGACGAAAAAGAGAUAACACGGGCGGUUGUGCCUCUUACUUUGAUGGAAAGGGCACGCUCAGUUGUCAAGAAAGCUGUGAACAAGGUGAUGAUGCACGGUGGCCGGACAGAGAAACAAGAGAAUCACGGCCCUUCUCGGAGAAGGGCAGCAAGCAGCGUCGCAAGCUCGAACGGUGAAAUGCCUUCAAGUACGAGCCCGUUCCCCUUCUUCCCAGAAUUCCGCCGAAAAAGCAUACGGCCUGACGACUAUUUUACGACACCCAGAGAAAGUGAACACCCUCUGUCUCAAAGCGUAAGUGCCACCCCACACGAGUCUCCGAUCAGAGAGCUUCUUGAUUCUCCACGACAACACCCGACACCUCCCGGUGCAGAGCUAAAUUCUACAACCAACGACUACGGGAGUAUAUUUGACAUGUUACCUGGUUUAGGGGCUCCGCUCUCCUCAUCUACGUCCCUCUCGUCAGGCCGAAGCCUGAUUGCUCCUCAACGCCAUGCGCGAGUGAGAUCGGUUAGCAAUGCCCAGAUCGCGUUGGCGCAUGCCAAGGAAAAAGAAGAGCAAAUGGCGUCUGGAAUUCCCGUUGCUGCCGAUGGUAAAGCCGCAGAUAAUUCGAUUGCCUCCUUGAGAAAAGCACGUGAUGUUCGAAUCAACGACGAUCCUGCCCGAUCAAAGUCAGUCGACCGGGGAUUAUUCGGAAGCGAAGAUAAACGAGCAGAGCCCAUGGUUGCGCUUAGCACUGCAGUUGCUCCUGGCAAUAUAGAAUUGCCUCCACGCCCGUUGUCCGUUGAUCCUAGCUGUGCCGCGAAUAGGUUCUCGCUCAUGUCUCCAAUUUUGUCGCCUUCGGCUUCCCGUACCUACCAGCAUGGCCAGUUCAACUCCGACUCAAACAUCCAUGGAAAGCACCCUAUUGUUCCCGAACCUGACCGGCGACCGUUGACAGCCCACCAUGUCAUGCAAAUGGAAGGGAAGACGCCCCCUCCGAGGGCAUACAACUCGUCCACCCCAGAGACUUUUGCUCGAGCCCAGCAACGCAUGAUCCGACAACAGAUCCGUGAGUCCGAGGAACAAGUGAAGCAUGACGACACGUCAUCGCAUAAUGGCAAUGUCACGUCAUCAGUGCCACCAUGCCCUCCGUCGCCAGAUGAUGAGAUCGCAAGGGAAGACAGGCCAUUUUCAUCCAGGGUUAACACUGCAGGUACCUUGGCCACUUCCAACUCCACGUCUUCUGGGGCUUUCUGUACUCCGAUGACUAGUCCAAUAAGUAUUGAAAACCUGCCCCAGCAGAGUUUCCGGUCAGAUCCCUCACUUCCCGCACUACUCAGCGGUGCCAGUUCUGUUUCAGCAGAUGCUGAAGGUGAUUUUCUACUGAAGCCUGGUUCCUUCGACCGACCGUCUCUUAUAGACACUACAGACUCCUUAACCCCACCUGCAUUGGGGAAAGAGCCUAUCGAGGGGUUCCCCCUGAGGGUAGAUGAUCAGUACCCAACAUUGUUUCCAGGGCCACGUCAUCAGAUGAAAGCCUCUACUUUACCGUCUUCCGAUAAUGUAGAUGACAACGAGGAUAACGAGAGCGACAGCGAUGACGGCCUUACAAUGGCCAAGACCAGAAGACGAGUUUUGCCCAAGGAGUACGUCAACUCUCCCAUUCUUGAAAGGAUGGCAAAUCCGAGAAGACGCGACACGCAAACUAGCGUGACGAGCAUCGGCAGCACAGAAACGGCCAAGAAAGUGACUGCAGAGCCGUGA